UGAAAGAUGUUGAAGACGGACUGAAAUAUUUUGUUGGAUAGGAGGGAAAUGUUGGGAAUGCAGUCCUUUAACUGUGUUAAAUCUGAGGUUCCGUCAUCCUUCAGUUUCCACAGUUUAUCAGUUCGUCCUGCUGAAUAUGAUCCUGGACUAGCAACCCUCACUCUCCGGGUACAGGUUAGAUCUGGUAGGGGGUCGACAGGAGAUCAUGAGUCCAUGUCCGGCGAGGUUCGGAUUGUUCACGGUACAGCAGAGAUUCAUAAUGUGGUCGAAACCUCGAUAAAGAAUGUUUUCAACUCGGAGGAUCAAUCUACUAGUGAAGAACCUGGGACGAAGGAAGAGGAUACUCCGGACGAGUUCUGGGUUCGACUUAUUGAAGGAUCGAUCCAGGACGAGUCUGUGAGAUCAAGAUUUGUAUUGGAUCUCUUCUCUGGGUUGUCUAGUAUUUCCUGGGACGUUAUCUCCUCAUGCAACCUUACUCGCAACCCAUCAAACCUUCAGACCUAUGAGAUGUUCACUUGGAUAUUAAAAAGGAAAAUGGUUCCUGCACCCGGGAUAGAAUGUAUUGCAAUAUCUUUAAGGAGACGCGAGGAUGAGAAUAUUCUAGAAAUUCUAAGCCCAGGAGACAACUGCACUAUUGAGGUUAAUAAUUUAGUCAAGAGUUGUGUUGAACAAGAGGCUAAACAGCCCAAGAAUCCAAACUGCGUGGAGUCUACGAGUAAACCUGAUCGAAGAUCUAAAGAGAUUAGUCACAAAGAACUUGCAAAUUCCUUGGAUAAGAUCUCAACAUAUGACAGUACUACUGUUACGGAAACCAAAAAAUUAAUAGAGCACAAUGUAACCUCUGGCCGCGUAGAGUCACCUGUUCAGUGUUCAGUAGAAACCAAUGUUGAACUGCAUCAUGUCUCUGAACAGUUAGCUAAUCAAUCUAAUCAAGAUAAUCACAAGUCUUUCACGAACUCAAAGUCAAGGUUACCAGGUUCUUCAGGACUGCAUGACAACUGCUGCAUAGAGCCAAGUUUACCAGGUCCCUCAGAACUGGAAAACAACUGCUGCGUAGAACAAGGAACUCCAGAUACACUUACUCCGGAUGAACCGAUGAAGACGGGAGAGAGUGGAUAUAUCUCGGAAGAGGAUAAAAAGAGUGAGGAAGAAUUAGCUCAGAAAACUGAGGAUAUUGAACCGGUUCCAGAAGAGUUUAUAGAUCCUAAAGAUAAAUCUGGUGAUGAUAACUGUUCACAAUUGAAAGAAGUUGAAUCUGAAAUUAUAUUAAAAGAAUCCGAAGUAUUGUCCGAAGAGAAAACCAGAGAAACUGAAACCAAACUAACUAGUGAAUAUGACACCAAAGAAUCCAGUAUACAUAAUACACAACCAACUGUUGAAUCUGAAACGAAACAGCCCAGUGAAUCUGAAACCAAGCAACCUAUUGAAUCUGAAACCAAGCAACCCAGUGAAUCUGAAACCAACCAACCCAGUGAUACUGAAACCAAGCAACCUAGUGAAUCUGAAACCAACCUAACUAGUGUGCCCACGGACGAGAAAACAAUCGCUUCCACAGCCGAAGAAUCCAUUAAAAUUGUUACAAGUCAAACAAAUGUAACGGUUACUAUCGAAACCCACGAAACUGUUUCUAGAGAAAUUACGAAAUAUAAAUCAAAUCAGAAAGAAAUAGAGCUAAAAGAAUUAGAAGCCGCUGCAAAAGUAAACGAAUUAUCUGCAAAAAUCAGCAAUUUGAUCCAAACACCACGGAAAGUGGAAUCCGAAGCUAUGCGGGAGGGAUCCCCUGGUUCUCCUGGUAAGGGUGUAGUCCUCAGGAAUAAAGCCUUCCUUAGCAACAUUAUUGCUCCUCCACCCAAAUUCCGUGAAUCUCAGGAGGAUCCUCUCUGCCCGUCCCAGUUCCGGGUUGGAUUAAACCUGAACCUUGUUCUCCUUGAUCUCUCCUACAAGAUGUUCUCUAGGCAGUGGAAGCUUGUGACCUGUACCAGGCUCCAGGGGUCACAGGAGUCCUUGCUCCUCUUCCAACAUGAUUCCAGGAUUCUUCCUGGUAUUGGACAACAGGCCUUGGCUGGGCUAAGUAUUGAACAGGGUGAAGUAGAACUGUUUAAUAUUAAUCCUGAGAUAUCAGGACGAAUAUCUGGGGAUCUAGGGUUGGAGAGGAAGGAAGGAUUUCUAUUCUCUGCUCCAGUUGAUGAGUCUGCUCUUUAUUCAAACCUGGUCUUUUCAUUCUGCCAACAUUCAUACAAUAUAUUCUCAUCUAUACAGAGCCCGACUGGGAGCUUGAUAAUGUUCCGCUCCUCGAACCUGGUCGCCUCCUCCACCCUCACCCUGCACCUUGUCAAGGGGAACACCAUCAGACUUAGUGGAGCUACAUUGGAAGAAGUUAACGUCAUUAGGGAGGUUAUACGAUCUAGAUGGCCAUAUGCAAUCUCACUAGAUCAUCAGCUGUUCAAGGACGGAGAGGUACAGAAAGACGUGGAAGUAAAAGACGCUGAAGACAAAGAUAGAGAAGUUAAAGAUGUGAGUAUCAAGGACGGAGAAAUCAAGGAUGGAUCUGAUAUUGAACCUGGAGCUAAGAAACCCUGUGAACCUGUUGAUGAUGGAUCUAGGAAAAGUUCAGGAUCGGAGAAAACGGUAUCCUGGGAGUGGAAGGUUCGAAGGUAUCCCUGGAGAAUAUCCUAUGGAGCCAGGUUGGUUGAUAGAGCAGUGGAGAAGGCAGGACGGGUUCUGUCUCUACCUUCACCUAAACAUCAGGACCUGGAGAGUGCUAAGAGUGUUAUCAUCUUUGCUUUAAAGGAGCUUUCGGAACGAGGUUGGAAAUUCUCUGGAGUUUUUAGCUCUGACUCCCAAACCUAUGUGCAGUUCAUUAAAUAGUUUAGUUUGGCAAAAAAUUUAAUUCAACCCAACUUUGAAUCCAAACGUGGACGUUGAACACUAAUCCAACGUAUCAAAUUGUUUAAUUGUACAUCUGCAGAUGUUUAACUUUAACUAUUGAUCUAGCCUUUGCAAAUAUUAUACAAGAUUAUAUAAGAAAAGAAAUUAAGUAUUUAAAUCAAUUCUAUAGUCCAUUAAUUUGAUAACUUAUCUUCCAUAUAAUCUUUAAAAUUCGACUUUUUUAUUUUCUGGUAGGUGUGAUUAGUUUAUCAUUUUAAAGGCUCCAGGGAAGAAAUUACUACAAUUCUAAUUCAAUAUGAGAUUCUUAUUAGAGAACUAUUCAUUAAUGAUCAAAAAACAGUUAAAACGUAAGUGGUUAAUGUCCAAAAACAUACAGUGCAUAGAUUGCAUAUAAUUUACUUCAGAUUUGUAUUUAUUCUUUAUUCUGGUUCAGUAGUUCUUAACUUUAAAAAUCGUAAAAUCUAGUCAAUUCAAGGUCAAUAAGUACAAAUAAAUACACAAAAUGGUUUAAGUUUGACCCAAUAAGAACAACAUAUUGUGUUUUAUUAAUGGAAUCUGAGAUUAAAGCUAACAUAGCGUUUACUCAUUUUCUAGUACAAACCCGAUCUCUGUUUAAUUAAUUUUCGAAUUUUCAUAAAAUCAUAAUUGGUGCAUAAUUUCAUCUUAGAAAUUUCAGUCAAAAAUACAUUUAUGCACAAUCUUAUUCAAAUAACCGUUCUGUUUUCUUAAUUUAUUUUUAUCUAAGUUCAUUAAUCCAAUUUUUUUACGCAUGAACUAUUUGACUGUAUUCGUACACUCAAUUAGUAACAUUGCUUAUUACUUAUUGUUCCUAGAUAAAAUAAGUUGUUAAACAUUGAAGGCAGUAAAAGCGGUUAAUUGAAAGGAAUUGUAAAAAAAAAAAUAUGGCCCAGCUAAGGAGAUUAAGGGUCAGAGUCUUCGGAGAAAAGCGAAGGAUUGGGAAGGAGGUUUUUUUUGAGAAAAUGGAAUAAGGAAGGAAAUGGGGAGGGGUGUCAUUGAUAAGGAGAAUUUUUGAUGAGGAAAAAUUUUUUGUGGGGUAAGGUUUGGUAAGAUCUUAUUAGAUUUAGAGAUCCGACCAAGGGGAUGUGGAUUGGAAUGAAGAUUUGGGAUUAAUCUUUUGGAGAAAAGGAUUGAAUUGAUGAAAAAUAUAUCGGAAGUGUUAGGCUUGGAUGAUAAGAGGGGAUCUGAUUUAAUAUCUAGGGAUUGGAUCAAAUGGAUGAAUUGAACUGGGAUUGAAUCUGAGAAAUCGAGGAUUGAAGGUGACGGGGUUAGAUCAACCAAGAAUAUUUUGGAAAGGUAUUUAAUAAGUUAUCUAUGGAUUAGAAUAGAUCAUAUGAGAAUGAGCUUAAGAGGUAGGGAUUAAAUCUAGGUAAAAAAGUAUUGAAGAGGUAGGAUGUAUGGUUUGGAUCAGGGGGGCGGAGAAUAGUGAAAAUAAGUAAGUAAAGGUUUUUUGAACAAAGUGUGUAUGUGAAUCAUUUUGAUAUGAAAUUAACAUCAGUUUAACAAUUCAAUCUCAUUGGAAAUAAACAUCAUUGUUAACGGCA